AUGGAGAACCAGACAAGGGUGACUGAGUUCAUUUUCUCAAGUUUCACCAGUGACCCACAGCUGGAGAUCUUCUUCUUUUUCCUGCUCUUAAUUGUCUAUCUCUUGACUGUUAUGGGGAACAUCAUCAUCAUCACCAUCACCCUGCUGGACCAUUGUCUCCACACGCCUAUGUACUUCUUUCUCCGGAAUUAUUCCUUCUUGGAAAUAUUUUUCACCCUUGCCUUCAUCCCCAAGAUGCUUGUUAACCUUCUGGUGAGCAAGAAAGCCAUUUCUUUCUCUAGCUGUUUCAUUCAGUUGUUUUUCUAUUUUUUCACGGGCACCACUGAGUUUUUCCUUCUUGCUGUGAUGUCUUUGGAUCGGUAUGUGGCUGUUUGUAUCCCUUUGCGAUAUGAGACCAUUAUGAACAUUAGUGUCUGUUUUCAAUUGGUUCUGGGUUCCUGGCUACUUAGUUUCUUGUUAAUGUUUCCUGCCACUAUUAUGUCUUCCCAGUUAGUCUUCUGUGGGCCCAAUAUCAUAAACCAUUUCCUCUGUGACAUCAACCCACUCUUCCAGCUCUCCUGCUCUGAUACACAGAUUUUACAACUAUAUAUCCUGGGAUCAGCCUUAAUGAUCUUGCUGGGAACGUUAACAGUCAGCAUCACCUGUUACACAUACAUCAUCUGGACUGUUAUGCGCAUCCCCUCGACCACAGGGAGGAAAAAAGCCUUCUCCACCUGUUCUGCUCACCUUAUGGUUGUUACCAUCUUGUACGGCAGCUGCUUUUUCACCUAUGUGAGGCCAGCCCAGAGUGUUUGGACAAGUUUUGACAAGGCAGUGGCCGUUCUCAACACUGUGGUGAUACCGCUCUUCAACCCCUUCAUCUACAGUCUCCGAAACAAGCAAGUCAAGGAGGCUUUAAGGGACUUUCAUGCCAGGCUCUCUUCUAAGAUCUCUAGAAUUUGA